AUGAGGAUUCGAUGGCGCCGCGGCCGCGGCGGGGGCGACAGAGCCCGGGCGGGCGCAGGGAUCGAUCGCGCGCAGCUGUCUCCGAAGAGCCGGAGGAACAUCACCCGCUGGCCGUGCGCCCCCGACCGCCAGGGGCGAAACCCCAACGUCGAGAAGCCCGGGGUGCGGCUUUCGGGCCGUCCUCGGGCCCAGCGUCCCGCCUUGGAGCCCUGGGGCGUAGCGCAACGCGGUGGGGACCCCCACCAGCACCGAGAGGCCGGUGCCCUCCCCAGCCAACCUGAGUCCUCGACCUCGCCCGAACGAAGGCGGCGGGAGGCAGGCGACAGAGGAGGGGGACCCUUCUCCCUAACCUGCGCCUUACCCACUGGAGGUGUCCCACAGGUGUCCCCUGAUUAUAGGAAGGCUUCCAUUUACCCCACUUCCCAGGCAGCCCUGGGCCUCACCAGUCACCAGGUGUUCGGCCCCCGGAAGAGUUCGGUCAACACCAAGGAGGUGGCGCAGCGCAUCACCGCGGAGCUGAAGCGCUACAGCAUCCCGCAGGCCAUCUUCGCGCAGCGCAUCCUGUGCCGCUCGCAGGGCACCCUCUCCGACCUGCUGCGCAACCCCAAGCCCUGGAGCAAGCUGAAGUCCGGCCGCGAGACCUUCCGCAGGAUGUGGAAAUGGCUCCAGGAGCCCGAGUUCCAGCGCAUGUCCGCGCUGCGCCUCGCAGCCUGCAAGCGCAAGGAGCAGGAGCAGCAGAAGGAGCGCGCGCUGCAGCCCAAGAAGCAGCGCCUGGUGUUCACCGACCUGCAGCGCCGCACGCUCAUCGCCAUCUUCAAGGAGAACAAGCGGCCGUCCAAGGAGAUGCAGGUGACCAUCUCGCAGCAGCUGGGGCUGGAGCUCAACACCGUCAGCAACUUCUUCAUGAACGCGCGGCGCCGCUGCAUGAACCGCUGGGCCGAGGAGCCGGGCGCCGCCCCCGCCGGGGGCCCCGCGGGCGCCACCGCCACCUUCUCCAAGGCCUGA